AUGGCCUCCUUCGCAAGAUCUGCCCCGAAGCUUAUCGACUUACUAAGUGAUUCACAGAGCCCAAACUUGACCAUAGUAGACACAAUUCUUUUUCAUCUAGGCAUCGCAGAUAUAUACUCAUUACACGCAUCGAGCCGAUCUCUGCGCUGGUUAGUGGAUUACAUGACGGAGUCGCCUUGCUUGCUCAAUAUCACGAGGCAAUUGCAGCCUUUUGUCAACGACCCGAUGCGCUUCCGGGAGGAGCUUGGCAAGCACGACGGGCUCAUUGCAGGAGACUUCGUCCGCAACUUCUUUGAAUUUCAUCGUUGGGAAGUCAGCUCGCUGCUUCUAUAUAUUGAACGUGGAUCCAAGUCUCAGGGUUUUAUCCAGUAUCUACUUGAUCACGAAGGAUACAGAGCUUAUUCGGAACAAAAGUUAUUCUGUCGUGACAGUAACCCAGACACAUAUAUUUUCAUCGUGGCUACGCCCGACUCUCCCAUCGUUGAAAUCAUCGACAAGGCUCUUACGACAGCUGGUUUGAAUGUUAUAUCCUGGAAUAAAGCCUACUGUCUGCUUCCGAUUCCAACCGUGGUAUCUCACAAGUUCUACCCUAUCAAACCCUUCGACAAUGCCCUUGGCAAAUCACUUCGCGAACGGGCCAAAUGGGGGUGGACGACAAGGGACAUGCUUUGGCCCGAUUUGACAACUCGACUCAUUUCUAGCAAGGAAUGUCGUCAAAUUGGCGGACCAAGCUCUCUAAUUAUCAAACUUGGGAAUGAACCGCCAGGAGACUACACUCCUGACUACGUCCUCGAGGGGAGCGUCUAUUCUGUGGUAUGGAAGUUGAUGGAUACUGGUCGGCGCUUAUGUGUUACGAUGCAGCCUGGGCCUGUUUCCCAUUCACUUCGUUAUGUAUACGCAAAUGGCGAAGUCGGUCAUGGCUGCAAAGACUGGGAAAGAUUCUUGCGUGACCGAUUAGACCGUUGGACUUAUGUCGAGAUAGCCAAGUUGGAUCGUGAAGAGCAGCCACAAGGGUUCUACCAUAUGGCCCCGGGGAACUAUCGCGUCCGUAUACCUGCCGGGUACCAACUGCCAGAAACGUGGGACUACGCAGACGACCAGAUCAUUCCAUGGUUCCAAGAAUGGCAGGGAGGUUGGACAAUGGAUAAUGAGUACUAUAGAUGA